AUGGUUGUGGCUACUAUCAAAUGCGUUGUGGUUGGAGACGGUGCUGUCGGCAAGACAUGUCUACUGAUUUCGUACACCACCAACAAGUUCCCCUCUGAAUACGUCCCGACCGUCUUCGAUAACUAUGCGGUUACAGUGAUGAUCGGAGAUGAGCCAUAUACCCUGGGACUCUUCGAUACCGCAGGACAAGAGGAUUAUGACCGUCUACGACCACUAUCAUACCCUCAAACCGAUGUGUUUCUCGUCUGUUUCUCCGUUACAUCCCCAGCAUCUUUCGAGAACGUCCGUGAGAAAUGGUUUCCUGAGGUCCAUCACCACUGCCCAGGCGUUCCCUGCCUGAUUGUAGGCACCCAAACCGACUUGCGCGACGACCCCAGCGUACGAGAAAAGUUGGCCAAGCAGAAGAUGCAGCCCGUGCGAAAAGAGGACGGUGACCGUAUGGCAAAGGAUCUGGGUGCUGUCAAAUACGUCGAGUGCUCCGCGUUGACUCAAUAUAAACUUAAGGACGUGUUCGAUGAGGCAAUCGUCGCUGCGCUGGAACCAGCCCCAAGUAAGAAGCCUAAACCUAUACGCAAAGCGUGGAAUUCUAGCUUUGUCCGAUUUUCGCUGUUUCGUUUGGUUGGGCGUGCGCACCCUAGAUUCGGACUCAACGUACGUACAAACAUGGGCUCUAUUACGCAAAAGUUUUCCAGAUAUACACCAGACAACGAGGGAGAAAGUGUUUCAAUGGUCUGA